UAAGAGCUCUUAUAAGUUGGGACCAAGUCCAAGUCCACCGUGCACUUAAAAGAGAAUUUAUAUAGUGCGUGCACUUAUAGAGGGUGCACUUAAAGAGGUGUCACUGUACAUAUUCUCUAUCGUUUUAUUUUUUAUUUUUGUAUUAUAAACUACUUUUUUUUUAAAAAAAAAAAUCCGAAAUAUUUUUUUUUUUGAAAAUUAUAUAAUAUAAAGUCCAUACCAUACCAACGAAGAUUAUAUCAUACUUAAUAUCGUUUUACCGGUAUAUCACUGAGAACAUAAAUAGAGGUUUUCUUUAUUGUUCGCGAAAGAAUGUCUUCGUUGCUCGGGCUCGCUGUGAGGUUUUCCCGACCUGUACCGCAUAUUUUCCGACCGACAGUCUUUUUCUCGUCUACCGCUAGAUUAUUCAACAAGAGUCUUAUGAUGCGAAAUUUUAGUCCAGGAGAUGCUUAAAGAUAAGGGAUUACCCAUAAUCAACACUACGUCAUCUUUUUUUACAAGAGAGGAUGUUGAGGCACUUAAAGUGAGCUUCCAACCAGUUACUUCCAGUAGCCUAAUCAUUUCUCCAGAUGACGUUAGUAAUGACUUUCCGGAACAAUACGUUCAACCCGACAUCAAUCAAGAAAAGCUUGAUAUACAAAAUUUCGAUAUCAGAAAGUUUGACGGAAUUUAUGAUAAUGAUGUUCGGACGUUUAUUCUCAAAUUACAUUGGGUUGUAAAGAACGCAACGGUAAUAACAGGAACAAAUGAAACUUAUACUGACACAUUGGUGGAUGAUUUGCUUCGUAUUGUUGGGUUGAAUACUUUUCCUUUGGUGAUUAGAAAUCACCAAGUUUGCAGACUGUUUAUUGGAGGGUAUCCCUAUAUGUUUGCAAACCCUGAAUAUUCGAUCAAGAUGAUAGACACGUCCAUGAUUGCUGUGGAGGAUAAGCAUCUGGAAAACAUUAGUUUUUUGAAAGGCUUUGGGGAAUGGCAAAUUGUUGCUGAGAUACUCGCUUUUGGUGACGAAAAUAUGCGUAGAGUUCAGGCGAGAGACCAGACCGUAUAUGUUGUUCGCAUCAUCUCAAAGUACGUUACGUUCUACAAGGCUAUGAUCCCUGCACCAUAUUUUGCGGAACUUGGCGAUGGUCUGCCACAAAAAGAAUCAGUUGUAAUUUUAAGAUGGCCAGGAGAAAGCAUGCCAGAGGCUGGCCUGAAUAUUGCAGAACCAGAUGGAAGACGUGAAGUGCUGGAAGUAUUAACCAGAAUUCGUCAACAUCUUUUGAAUGGAAAUUAAGUAUACUAGGAAAACGGAAACCAUUAAGGGUAUACGCUUAAUAGUAACUAAUUUACAUUGUAUAAAUGAUCAAUUGGUCACCACUAACGAUUAAUUAUGUGUAUAGUAAAUUUUGUUUAAUGGCAAAAAAUGAAUCCAUUUAGUCUAUAAAUAGUAUCAUUGAAUUACUAAAUUGCUACUGCAUAAAUCAUUAUAAAUUGCUUAAAUAAUAAGCAUCUUUUAUAA